AUGCCUCUCGAUACAUCGACAUACUCAUUGGCGCUCCUGCGCGUCGAUGGCCGUCGCUGGAACGAACUGCGCCGCCUCCACGCCCAGAUCCGCACGCAGGAUGCCGCCGACGGUUCCUCGUACCUCGAAAUGGGCCACACAAAGGUCAUGUGUAUCGUGACUGGCCCCGCGGAGCAGCAGCAGCAGCGGCGCGGACAGACGUCGCAGAGGGAUGCGGCGGCAAUCAAUGUCAACGUCGUCAUUGCUGGCUUUUCCAGCGUGGACCGGAAGAAGAGUGGACGCAACGACAAACGAAUCCAGGAGAUUGAGGUUACAAUUGCAAACGCAUUGGCUUCCAACUUGCACACCCACCUCUUCCCCCACUCGUCCAUCACCAUCUCUCUGCACGUCCUCUCCCAGGACGGAUCCCUUCUCGCCGCCCUCCUCAACGCCACGACCCUCGCCCUGAUCGACGCCGGUAUCCCCAUGACCGACUACAUCGCCGCGUGCACCGCCGGCUCGACCUCGACGUACGCCGCCGGCGACGAUUCGGCCGAUCCCCUGCUCGACCUGAACAACCAAGAAGAGCAAGAGCUACCGUUUCUGACGGUCGCGACCCUCGGCGACACCGACCGCAUUGCCGUGUUGGUGUGCGAGAGCCGGGUGCAGGUCAGCAGGCUGGAGGGAAUGCUUGUGGUGGGUGUGGACGGGUGUAAGCAAGUGAAGCAGUUCCUGGAUCAGGUUGUAAGAGAAAAGGGUGCUGAGAUGGUUAGGGAGGGCGCGGUCGAGAAAAGCGACGCGAUGGGCAUGGUUUUGGAUGAAUAG